UUUAUUAUAAUUGAUGUUCAUAUUAGUAAAUUUUUGAACAAACCUUAACUUAGGAGCCUCAUGGCCUAUUUUAUCCCCCUUCUGUUUCCUAGUUCUCUACCGUCGUCUUUACUCGUCCUUGCUAAAGUAACGUCUUUCUGCUAAUUUGACGUUCAUUAGAUAAGCAAGUUUGUUUCGUAUACGAUUUUGGUUUAUUCUAACUAUCAAAUUACUUGACAUUAUAAUUUACUUUUUUAUCUGUAUGCCUUGCGUACGUUUUCAUCUUUUAAAAUUUUCCAUGAAUGUUUCUAUAGUCUUCCUACAACUAUUGGUAAUGCAAAUACCUUUCUUUAUUUUAAUAUCCACAAGAUGGUAUUUGUCUUCAAGCUUUAAUUUUAGCUGAGAAUAGAAAUGUGAACAAUGACAGAAUAUUUACAAAUGACAUAUAAUAUUCAACUUAACAUCUCUUAUGAAUAAAGUAAGACGAAAUUGACUUAUCUUGGUGGUGAUGCGGGGAUGUGGAUCUGUUUUGAUCCUAUAGGAAGCCGAGAAGGCUGGCAUGCUUUUAUUUUAUUUUGCAUAUUUCUUUGUUGGACUUCUUUUGGUAUUGAUGGCAGUUUAACAAAUGCAGCUGCAUUUAAUGUCCCUCAUAAUGCUGUUACAUCAGAUAUAUCACUAUCACUUUCAACACACCAUGAAGAUGACGAAUGUAGGAAUGUGACUACUGAUAAUAGAGCUACUACUGGUCUAUCAGUGAUCAAUCAAGGAUCUGGUUCUCCUCAUUCGCCAAUAGUGCCUCCAACUUUUCUGUACGGAGUUCUUACCUGCCAACCAUAUCAAGGAAUUUCUGUGAACCACAUCUAUUUUCAACUAGCAAAUGCCUUCUUUUUAUUGUCACAUCUUGCACCAAGUGGCAUACAUGGCGUACUUUAUUUAAGGUGCACUCUGCUUGUGGGCUGUGCCUUUCUUGCUUUGUGGGGCUGGACAAUAGCUUGUUGGCUGGAUGCUGCUCUCUGGAAUGCUUUGUUUGUUGCCAUCAACUUUGUCCAUGUAUGCACACUUCUUUACAAGCUCAGACCUAUCAAGUUUUCAAGGGAAAUUGAAGAGGUAUAUAUUGCAGUAUUCCAGCCAUUAAGAGUAUCACGUCACCAAUUCAGAAAAGUGUUAAAUUGUAUGAAGAUUAUUCGACAAUUGAAAUAUCAAGAAGUUUAUGCCCAAGAAAAAGUGACCAAAGUUGAUUCUUUAUCUUUAGUACUUUCUGGAAAGUUAGUAGUUUCGCAAAAUGGAAGAGCAUUGCACAUUGUCUUCCCACAUCAGUUCCUGGAUUCUCCAGAAUGGUUUGGUGUUUCUACAGACGAGUACUUUCAGGUAUCAAUAACUGCUAUGGAAGAAUCAAGGAUAUUAUUAUGGCAUAGAGACAAGUUAAAAUUAAGCAUAAUUAGUGAUCAAUUUCUGCAGGCAGUGUUUGAUCAUAUUUUGGGAAGGGAUGUAGUCAAAAAAUUGAUGCAGGUUAGUGAAACAAUGGCUGCUAGCAGUCAUCAACAGCAAAAUGGACAAGUAAUUGGUUUAGGUGGUAUUGGAGCCUUAGAAAAUGAUCCUGACACCAAACUUUUUGUUGUGAAAAAGACUGGUGAUAGUCAAGGUAUUACUGCUCUCAUCAGUCGUCAACUUCAAGCAGCAGGAGAUCCAAAUGCAUGGAGAUUGGGAAGAAUUGAAGAGACUGAUCAUGAAACACCUGUUUAAUGAAAUGAAAACUAGAUGAAUGUCAUCCUCGACAGUCAAUAUAAACUAACACCAGUCUUUUUAUAUAACAUAAAAUAAUGAUGAAAUAUAUUCAUCAUUGGAAGAUAUAGUAUGGUGUGCGUGGAACAAUUAAACAUUCUCUUGCCAAUUAAUAAUUUUUCCCACUAGUCAAGUAUGAUUAACAAUGGAAAAAUUUCAUUGUUUAUAGAAUAAUGGUUCCAUCCUAGUUUAUAUAAAGUGAUAUGACUAUAAACAUUACUUUAUGCUUCCAAUAUAUUAUUGAGUACUAUUGAAACUAAUUUAAAUAUGGCUGUUUAUAAUUCACAUUGAUUUUUUUUUAACAUGCAUAUGUUUAGUAUUGAUCAAAUAAGACUUUACAUGUAUAAUAAAAUGGAGGUUGUUUAAUUACAGCGGCGUAACUUCUUUAAUGAGAAAUCUGUGAUUUAUUGGAAGUGGUAAAGAAAAAAAUUAAGGAGGCCUAAAUACUUGAUUGUUUUUCAUACCCAAAUAUAGUGCCUUUUUACUUGCAUUUCAUUUAUUAAUUUUUUAAGAGAAAAAUUUAUAUAUUAUAAUUAUAUACUAAUUUAUAAACUCAUUCAAUAUCUUUUAAGAAAAUUGCUGGUAGAAAUCUAAAUGUUUUAGUGCGGUUAUUUUUUAUAUUUUCUAAAAUGGGACCAUUUUCAAUUAAUCUUUAUUUACAAAAUUAAUAACAAAAAUACAUUUUGUUAUAUGUAAUUACAUAUAUCUUAAAUUAAAUUAUUAUGUUAGUUUCAUGAAAAAAUAUUUAUUUGAAUUAUAAAAAUUAUAAAAAUUAAUAUAAGUUUUAUAAGUUUGAUUAUGAUUUACUAAUAAUUGCCAGUGAUAUGGCUGCAUUAUCUUUAUUAAUAAAUUUUAAUAUAACUAUUAUAAUUAUUGCUAUAUUAGAUUUUUGUUAAUUACUAAUUAAAAAUUUAAAAUUUUUUCAACUUUAAAUUAUUUAAUUAUAAUUUUUAUUUCUGAUUUAAAUAUUUGAUUUAUACAAAUGAAGUCAAAAAAAUUAAUAAAUAUUUUAUACAUUAAUAUAUAUAAUAUAUAAAAUAUAUGAAAUUAAGUAUAUUUUAUAUAUAUAUAUAUAUAUAUAUAUAUAUUAAUUUAUUGUUAGAUUGAAUAUCACAAGUCGUUUGUAUAUAGUUUUAUUUAUAAACAAAGAUUAACAUAAUAUAAUUAAAUCAAUAUUCAUAAUUAUUUUUAAAAAUUAUAUACUAUCUUUGUUUAGAAUGCUUUAUUUGGCAAUGAAUUUUUUUUUCUUUUUUGUAAAAAAAUUGAUUUCUAUUUAUUUUUAUAUGAUUAUGAUUUGAUGAUAUAUUAUAAGUAUAGAAAUAUUACUAUUAAAUUUUUGUUUUUAUUGCUGAUUUUAUUAUAUCUUAUUAAAAUGAUUGAAAUCUUGUUUUCUUUUUUUAUUUUAUAUCAUGUUUGUUAUUUUAUUUCUACCAGCAAUUAAUUAUUUCUGCCAUCAAAACUAUUAUUAAAUAGUUUUGAAGAAUUAGGGCAUGAAUCAUAUCAUAACAACACUAGAUAAUGGCGUUCAGAAUAGAGAAGCAGGAAGUUACGCCAGAAAGCGCUGGAUGAUAAUACAAUUAACAUGAACUAUAUUAUUAAAAUAAUAUUUAUAUUGAUAUACAUUGUCGAUAGAAAAAUAAAUGCAUAUAACUUUUAAUGUUUAAUAUCAUAAAAUUAUCAAAAAUUGUUACAAUAAUAUUAUAAUCACAAUUAUUGUUUCUUUAUUUAAAAAAAAAAGAUUAAUUUUAGUUAUAAUUUAUAAUUCAUAAUUAUAAUUAAAAUCAAUUAUUGGAAUGAAACCAAAAAAAUUAAUACGCACAGAAAAAUAAAAAAAAAUAUUAAUACAAUUAAUUAAAAUUAUUUUGAAGAAAAAUAGUGAAAAUGUAUUAUGUAUCGAAAUUUAAAGUAAAAAUCUCAGGUUUUGAUGAUUGGAUACAGUUUUAAACAAAUAAAUAAAGAAUAAAGAAAAUCUUUAAAAACAACUUUGUCCAAUCUAAUAAAAUGCAUUAUAGAAUUAAAAAUGUUGCUAAUUGAAUUUAUGCCCAAUUAAGGUUGUAAUACAUACUUUAAGAGGACUUUUUAUAUGUAAAAUUAUAGCAUAUUCUAAUUCAAACAUUAUUAUUAAUUUAAAAAUUAAAUAAUAAUUGUCCUAUCAUAUAAAAUACAUUCUUAAAAAUAAUUUUAUUAAUAAAUACUGAUUUUUUACUUUUCUGAAAAAUUAUAUUUUCACAAGAUAUUAAAUUAAAAAAAAAUAAAAAUCAUGAUUUUAUUUACUCUGCUAUAUAUAUAUAUAUGAGAAAUGUAAAUUAUUUGUUUUAACGAAUGUAAAUUAUUCGUUAUUUAUCUUUGUUGUUUAUAACUUUAAAUUGUUAUGAUUAUGUGUAGAUUUUUUUUAGUAUGUAGUUAGGUAUAAAGAAAUAUAAAUGAAAUGAAAAAAUUUAAAUCAUAUUGAAUACAAUAAUGACAAAUCUAAUUAUGAAAGAAAUAAAGAAAGUUAGUUUUAGAAAAAAA